AUGGCCAUCCAUCUGAGGAAUGGCAAGACGUAUGAAGGCCCAUCUCUGUCUGAGACCACGAAGGACGCUAUUCUUGAGCCUAAGGUUGCCGUGGCAGAGAAACUGAAGGGCAAGAUAACUGAACAAAGAGACAUUGGAGGCACUUCUGGAGUGAAGGUGCCCUUACCUGAAGCACUGAAGCAGAAGACAAAGAAGGAUGAGCAGUUUGCUCGAUUCCUAGAUAUAUUCAGGAAGGUGCACGUGAACAUCCCACUGAUUGAGGCACUACAGCAGAUGCCGAAGUAUGGAAAGUUUCAGAAGGAGGUGAUAGCCCAGAAGACCAGUUGGGGGCAGGUAGACACUAUUAAUCUAACUGAAAAUUGCAGUGCUCUGCUGCAAAGGAAACUGCCGGCCAAGCUGAAGGAUCCUGGAAGUUUCACUGUCGACUGCCUCAUUGGGGGCUAUAAGGUGGAGAAUGCUCUCUGCGAUCUAGGCGCGAGCAUUAAUCUAAUGCCACUAUCGGUGUUCAAGCAAAUGAACAUUGGUACUUUGAAGCCCACCUCAGCCACACUACAGAUGGCAGACAGAUAUGUCGUGUAUCCAAAGGGCAUCGUGGAAGACCUACUGAUUAAGGUCGGGGAAUUUAUUUUUCCCAUCGACUUUAUGGUCUUGGACAUGGAAGAAGACAAGGGAGUCCCCCUACUGCUAGGACGUCCCUUCCUUGCCACUGCUGAGGCAAAUAUAAACGUGAAAAAGGGAGAGUUGACAAUCUUCAUGGGAGAAGAAUGUCAAAUGUUUUCCCACAAACCGAGAAGCAUGGAUGGAAGAACUGAGGAGUGCAAGGUGGUGCGUCUGAAGCACCAAGUGACUACUGAAGAAGGAGGAUCGAGUGCAGUCAGAAAAGUGAAGCAGAAGGACUUUUAUGAGCUUCACAUGGAGAUGAUGGCUUCCACUGACUCGAAGCCAAUAACAUGGAUCGAUGCAGACCAUAGUCGCCCUUCACCGGUGCACGCGGUGAUCACUACUGAACCCCCUAGGAUGGGGGGUAAAAUACCAACUGAUGUCAAGGGAAGAAAGAUAACUGCUCCAACACUGAAGGAGCCUAUCCCGAGAGAGCCUGAAAAGUGGUGGCUCACCAAGACGUGGAACGAUCUAUUUCCUCAUGGAGGAGCCAAGCGAUCACCUGGAGGCAACUCUGGGAUGAAAGGGGAUCUCGGUUGA